AUGAUAGCCAUCCUUUCGGCCGCCGACUUUCACGCCGCCGUCGCAGCCGCCACAGCCAAGCCUCUUGUGGUCUUUUUCACGUCUACGCAGUGCAGCAAGAGCGAAGAUCUAGCGCCCAAGGUGGCAGCGCUCGCAGACGAGCUGGCCAAAAGCGCCGCGUUCGUCACCGUGAGCGCGGAAGAGCUCGACACGCUCGUGAAGGAGCUCCAAGUGGACAGUUUCCCGCACUUUCGCGUGUACAAACACAACAAGAUCGCGGGCGACUCUGCGAGCUCCACGCUCGACGAGGUGGACGCGUUUAUCCGCGGGCUCGUGGCGGUAGACACGCUCGGGACGGACGAUGCGUCGUCCGUGCCUGAAAGUGCAGAGCAAAAGACAGUAGAGGAGGAGGAGGGGAUCAGUGCUACGACGAAGGAAAAGGACGGGGAGGAGGAGGUGAAUGGAACGUGUGACGCAGAGGCUGCGAACGGCUCGAAGAAGCGACAGGAGCGCGAGGAACUGGAGUCGAACGACGAGCACGAGGCGAAGAAGAUCAAGACGGACGACGACGGAGAGGCUGAGACUGUUGAAAACGACGAUGCAGUCACUGAAGAAGCCGAGACAACGGACGUGGCGCCGGAAGACGACGAGGCGCCAGAUGGGACCGAGAAGAAGCGGGAAGAAGCUGCAGCUGUGGACAAGAUCGAAUCGAGUGCCGUGGCUUCUGCGUCGGACGUUGCUGCAGCCUAA